UCUCUCCUCCUUUUGCGAUGUCCGCGUCGGAUGGAUGUGAGCAUCCCCUGUUCAUCAGCAAAGCACCAGCAAGCAUCGCCGACAAUGGUAAGGCAAAGAUCGUGCAUCCCGCUCAUGUUCUCAUUCUCGUGAGUUGUUUUGUGUGCAGCUGGCCUUCUCGCCAUCGCCGCUCUCAUCGACGAGCAAUAUGCGGACGAGGCGGCAGCAACUCGCAAGCAGCAGGCGGCGGCCAAGCGAAGAGCACAAAGAUCUCAUCCAUACCAGCGGCUCUCACGUUCCCACCCGCCACAAGACGGCACGUCUGUUGAGCAUCAAUCGGCAGCACAAGCAGCGACAUCGAAAGAGGAAUCUGCUGACAAUGACGGAUCUGCAGCGGCGGACAGCGAGAUGGAUGAGGAGCAGGAAGGCGCCACUGCUGACAAUGGGGCGACAAGCUGCUGCCAAGAAGAUGAAGAUGAAGAUCAUGGCGAGAUGGAGAUAAAGAGGGAAAGGGGCAAGGCGGCCAGUGUGGGUGAGGUGCAAGUGACACUGGCGCUCAUGGGUGUGCGUGGCUGAGUGAGUGAGGGAUAUAUUGCGAGAUGAGCGGGCCUGUCGAUAAUAAAAACGUGG